CUUGCAUACCUAAACAUGCUCUCCGUUAAGAACUUGGCUUCUCUCCCCAAAACAGGCUCCAUUCGCUGCUUUCAACGCUGCCUUAGUACUACUCGCGUAAAUGCUGCUCGUUCUAAGGCCGCCGCGGUGAUGGAAAAGGAGGCCGAAAAUAUUUUGGCCGUUUACGCUCGUUAUCCUGUCGCAGUUUCUCACGGAAAAGGCUCUUUCUUGUGGGAUGUGGAUGGAAACAAGUACAUUGACUUUACUUCUGGCGUUGCCGUCAAUGCUCUGGGACAUGCCGAAGAGAAUGUGCAAAAGUUGGCUGCUGACCAGCUGACCAAAGUUGUUCACGCCAGUAACUUGUUUUAUAAUGAACCCGCCAUUGAGUUGGCUGCCAAGCUGAAUCAGUCGCUGUCGGAAAACAGCAACAUUAAGAUGCCCUCCAAGGUCUUUUUCGUAAACAGUGGUGCUGAGGCAAAUGAGACUGCCAUCAAGUUUGCUCGUAAAUACGCCUACACUAACUUUGGUCCUCAAAAGAACGAGAUUGUCUUCUUCAACAACUCUUUCCAUGGCCGGACAAUGGGUGCUUUGAGUAUUACCGCAAACCCCAAGUACCGCGAGGCUUUCAAGCCUCUGCUACCUGGCUGCAAGCAAGCAAAGUUCAACGACGCUUCGUCUUUGGGUGUCAUUGACGAGAACACCGCAGCUGUCAUUGUUGAGCCCGUUCAAGGUGAGGGUGGUAUUUGCCCUGCCGAGGCCGAGUUUCUCGCUGCUGUUCGCAAGGCCUGUGACAAACAUAAUGUCAUGUUGAUUUACGAUGAGGUCCAGUGUGGUUUGGGCCGUACUGGUGAUCUUUGGGCUCACUCUUAUGUCAAGGAUUUUGCCAGUCCUGAUAUUGUUACCCUCGCCAAGCCUUUGGCUAACGGUUUGCCCAUCGGUGUAACUAUUGUCUCGGACGACAUCGCCAAGACCAUUAAGUUUGGUGAUCACGGAAGUACUUUUGGUGGUAACCCCGUUGCUUGUCGUGUUGGUUCGUACUGUGUCGACAAAAUUGGAAGCUCUGAGAUUUUGAACAACGUCCGUACUCAACACAAGGCCCUCACCGCCCGUUUUGACUCCUUUAAGGAGAAGUUCCCCAGCAUCAUUCGCGGUUAUGCUGGUCGUGGUUUGCUCAUGGGUUUGCAAUUCCAUGACGCACCCACUAAAUUCAUCGACUUUGCCCGUGAGAGAGGUCUCUUGCUGUUGCCUGGUGGUAACAACAACACUCGUGUCCUCCCUGCUCUGAACACUCCAAGCUCUGUCAUUGCUGAUGGUUUGGACAUUAUGGAGGACUCUCUCGAGGCCUUGGCUAAGUAAGUCAAAGUUGUGUCUGUCUAAUCCUUGUACCUAAUUGGCCUACUCUUUAACUCUUUCGUUUGUUUAUACGGCCAGUAACAUUGCGUCUCCUAACGUUUUUGAGAGAAUGUUACCGAGAUUAGAAAGUUUUUUUUUUCCUUUUCUUCCUACGCAAACAAGAGCAUCGAUAUCACCAGCGUGCGGCGACUAAUGUGUCAUGUCUUCAACGGUUGCCGUGGUGAACAUGCUUGUAUUCGUCUUCAUACGCAUCGUUCUUCUAUGUCGACAGUUGACUCGGCGAAUUGAACUUUUAAAAUUUUUUUUUUGAAUACAACUAGACUUGCCGUUAAGGCGAAUUGUUAUAAAGCAUUCUGUAAAUUCGUCAGUGUGUUAUUUUAAUACGGUUUAAGAAUCGAGUAGUCGCAUUUUAGACAUGUUUUAAGUCUAAGUUUGCGAGUACUAUCAUGUAAACGUAUUUUUUUCUUUAGUCAAUGCAUUCAGUCCAUUUUUACGGGCUGGUGAAUCUACAGAAUGUCAUCUAGUUUACCAGAUUAUUCUUGUUAUUGCAAUUGCCAUCAAGCUUGCUCAUUACCGACUCCACCAUCCGAGCUCAACCCUCGGACCCUUGUAUAACUUAACAAGUC